ACAACAACAUAAAAAUACUCUCAUCACUUACCACACAAACACACACACACACUACUAGAUCAUCCAAAAUGACAAUGAGGUUUGUGGCUAUUUUUGCAAUUGUACUUUUUUUGGUUUUUGUUCAAGAAACUAAGGUAACAAAAGCAUAUGUAAGUUGCAAUCCAUUGCAACUAAGUCCAUGUGCAAAUGCCAUAACAUCAUCCACAACUCCAAGUUCAAUUUGUUGCUCAAAGUUGAAAGAACAAAGGCCAUGUCUUUGCAAAUACAUGAAGGAUCCAAGACUUCAAAAGAUGAUUUCUUCUCCUAAUGCCAAGAAAGUUGCUUCUACUUGUGGUUCCCCUUUCCCAAAUUGCUAAGAAUACUAAUGUCCCAUUUAUAUAUUAUUAGCCUUUUAAUAUUGGCCUAAGACGAGUUUAUAUGGAGUAACAUGGUACGACCAGUACUGAAGAGUCAUAGUCGACCCCUACUUGUUUAUGUAGUAGUUGUUUGUUGUCUUCUAUAAUUAGCCUUUAAUGUUGGGCUAAGAUGAUUUUAUAUGGAGUAACAUGGUCAGUGAGGAGUACUCAUAUAGUCAGUUCCGACUUAUUUGGGACUGAGGCGUAUGUAGUUGUUACAUUGUUGUUGUAUUCUAUAAUUACCUUUUUAUGUUUAAGAUAUAACUAAGAUGUGUAUUUUCUUGUUGUUGAAGAGUGUAACAUAUCCUUAAUGUUGUACUUCAAUUAGUAAUAUAUUAAUGUUGGUAUUAAUGUUUGGAGUUAAUUAUCUUGAAAAUGUUACUCUUAGGUAAUAUAAUAUAAGUU